AUGAGAGUUACCGCCACAAUUUUCGCACCUCUGCUCAUGGGGCUCACAGCUCUUGCGGCAGAGUCCAAGCCGAACUUUGUGGUCAUCCUCACCGACGACCAAGACCUCCGCAUGAAUUCCAUGGACUACAUGCCCAAACUCAAGAAGUACGUGACAGAUGAUGGCAUGUUCUUCAACCACCACUAUGCGACAGUGGCGCUAUGCUGUCCGUCUCGGGCCAGCAUGUGGACUGGCAGAGCAGCACACAAUACAAAUGUCACGGACCUGGGCCCUCCUCACGGUGGAUUCCCCAAAUUCAUCGAGGAAGGACUCAACAAGAAGUGGCUGCCGGUGUGGCUCCAGGAUGCCGGUUACAAGACCUACUUCACGGGCAAGUUGAUGAACUUUCACAAUGUGGGCAACUACAAGAAAGGACAGGAUGAUAUGGGCCUUGAUGGGCACGACUUUAUGAUCGAGCCAGGCGCCUACCAAUACACAAACACCACGAUCCAACAUAACAUGGAGAAGCCCAAGUCCUACCCCGGAGUAUAUGCCACCGAUCUCCUGGCGAACAAGUCGCUUGCCUGGAUUGACAAAGCCGCCAAGGACAAGUCGCCUUUCUUCCUUGCCAUCAACCCGAUCAACCCGCACAACAACUUCAACUGGAACAAUGGAAAGACGAACUGGUCGGCUCCAAUCCCUGCAGCUAGACACAAGGACAAAUUCCAGGAUGCCGUCGUUCCACGGAGCACUUCUUCGUUCAAUCCCGACAAGCCAAGUGGUGCCAGCUGGGUCAAGCAACUUAAAAAGCUCGACAGCAAAACACUUAAGGAAAACGACGACGUCUACCGCCGCCGCCUGCAGGCCCUGCAAGCGGUCGAUGACAUGGUGGAGAACACAGUCGCCAAGCUGAAGGAGCACAAUAUGUUGGACAACACAUACAUCAUCUACACCAGCGAUAACGGUUUCCACAUCAGCCAACACCGCCUGACUCCCGGCAAGCGGUGCCCGUAUGAGGAAGACGUCAAUGUGCCGCUGGUCAUCCGCGGGCCCGGGGUGCCCAAGAGCAAGACGGUGGACUUUGUGACUUCCCACCUCGACAUUGCUCCGACUAUCGUCAACUGGGCUGGCGCUAAGGGCCCCGGAGACUUUGAUGGCAAGAAAAUCCCCGCUAAUGGAUCGCCGGGCUCGGAGGAGCCGUGGGAGCAUGUCCAGGUCGAGCAUUGGGGCGAGGUCUCGAGCCAUGUAAACAGCCCGCUGUCUGGGGUGAUCAACUCGUACAAGGCGAUUCGGGUGAUCGGGCCUAAGUAUAAUUUGUACUAUGCCGUGUGGUGUCAGGGAGACCAUGAAGUAUACGAUAUGAUAAACGACCCCUACCAAAUGAAGAACCUCUACAACUCAACCAGCAAGAUCCUCGGCGUCUCCAUGCAGAAAGUCGAGGACCGUCUGGACGCGCUCACACUGGUAACGAAGUCCUGCAAGGGCGAUACUUGCCGGCGUCCCUGGGAAACCCUCCACCCCGACGGCAAGGUCAAGAGCCUGGUUGAGGCGCUCAGUCCCAAGUUCGAUAGUUUCUAUAAGAAACAGAACAAGGUGGCGUACAAGAAGUGCCUGAAGGAACCCAAUUUGAAGAACGAGUCCCCGAUUAAAUUCCAUACCCUGGGCGAACAGACUAUCGAUGCUCGGGACUUGGAUGGGUGGAUGAAUAUCGGUUAG